GUCAGUUAUGGAGGAAUUCACGAAGAGCUUGCCUCGCUUAACUAAAACUAAAGGCACCAAAGCUUACACUUUCCGUAAUUACGUAGCUUUAACAGUUAUUGGUUUUGGAUUAAUCUCAGGUUUCAGUUUAUAUUUAUUGAAAAGCUUGGAUCCAAAAAAACUGGAAUUGCUCGAUGAAAAAGAACAUGAAUUAAAGAGGACAAAAUUGACUUUGCCUUUUUAUCUGGCCCCCAGAAGUUGAUAUGAAUUCAGCCUCUUUCAAUGAUAAGCAGUCUGAACUCUUAAGUACUCAUAUAGAUGCCUCUGUAGGUCAGAACUUCAUUGAAGGAGUACAAAUUAUUAAUAGUACAGAUGCAAAAUCUCCUACGAUAUCAUCAAGUUUUGAUAAACCUGGAAAAUUUAGUAAUGAAACAAAAAAAGAAAGCAUAGCUGAAACUGAUGAUAGCUUUGAUAUAUUUCUUCCGUUAAAAGUUAAAAAUUACAAAAAUGGCUUAAAGAAGCCGAAUACUGCUACAUCCGCGAACAAGCUUAAAAAGAAAAAAAUAACAUCUUCAAACAGAAUCUGCCCUUAUUUUUCUAAAAGGAAGUCGCCUACAAGCUCCAAAGAGGAUAAAGAUCUAGAAUUAGCAAUAGCACGCUCUUUAGAAGACGUGUCUCCCAGCAAGACUACAGGAGGAGUUUUAAGUGAUAUUGUAAAUGAAAAUAAACCUUGUGAUACAGUAUAUGAAAAAAAAGCAGUCAAACAGACUUCCAACUUCUUGAAAAGUUUAACAAGUAAAACAAAAAAACCUAGUACUAAUACCUUGCUUUAUCGUCGAACGGGUGAAGAAAGACAGGAAAUCAUAAUUAAAAAAAUUGGAAUUCUAUUGUUAGAAAAAGAAAAUUUUCAUGAUCAGAGCUUGGAGAAACUUGAAAUCAACUUCAUAUCAUCAAAUUUAGAAGGAGCGUGGAAUAAGAAUUCUACUCUUUGGGAACUUUCUAAAAUAGAAGUGAACGACCUUGAUGAGUUUUACGUAUCAACAUUAGAAAAAUUUUUCGAUCGGCCUCUAGUUGCUAUUGAACAACCUGUACCUACUAUGUCUGAACAUAUUGAGGAAAAUGGUAACGCUGAAGAAUCUUCAGAUGGUAUGAAUAUUAAGAUUGAAGAGGAAAGUAACCAACCAAAAGACAGUUUCGAAACAAAAUUUAAUGAAAUCAAAGAAGAAAACAACUCUAAAUGUAGCAGCAUUUUUGAUUUUGAUUUUAACAAACAUAACUUCUCUGUCAAAAACAAAUACUUGACUGAUUCUCUAAAUGUUUUAUCUGAUGACUUAUUUUCAUUUUUCAAUUCUAAUGAACUUAGCGAUUUCAGUAUUAUAUUAAAAACGGGCGAAUCUUUACCUUGUCACCAAUUUAUGUUACAAGCACGUUGCCCACAUCUUUUAUCAAAUAUUUUGAUAUCAGAAGCGUCUAACUCUUUAGAUUUUACCGAAUAUUCCUCUGAAGGAACAAGAGCUUUUUUUAAAUUUCUUUAUUCGGGAAAAAUUGAUUUCAUUUAUGAUUUAUCCAAUGAAGAUAAAUCCGAUUUGUAUGUUUUAGCUAAAAAGUAUAAAUUGGAAUUUUUGGAAAACUUCUUAUUGAAAUCAUUUAGUGUUGAUUCUUUUCACGUUUAUAGCCAGUCUACGUGUAGCCCUCCUGACAGUCCAACAAGGGAAGCUCCUGACUCAAGUCUCGGCCCUAAAGAGAAUAUCUCAAAUAAGCAUUCAAAGUUUUCUUCACUGGCUCACGAAUCGUUUGAAAAAGAUAAAGAGAAAUUUUCUACUUCAAAGGAACAACAAGGCAAGGUAUUAUCUUUCACAAAUUUAACAGAAACAAUAAAUAAUUUUGCCUCUACUUCAGGUUUCAAUUCCAAUCAACCAGUUACUUCAGUUGUAGAUCAGAGUUUAUAUGAUAUAUUCAAAGAUGAAAUAAAAUCGCCCUGUAACAGUUCUUUACUUUCUCAGAGCUUUCAAUCAAAGCGGAAAUUAGACUAUACCGAUGUUUUAAAAGAAACUAAAAAGGUCUGUUCUGAAAACAUCCCGAUUAAACUGGAAGAUAGUCCAGAUAUAGUAAUGAUUGAUUCAGAUUCAAAUGAAGGAUGCCUAAGUGUACCUACAAAUAGUUCCCAAAAUACUACAGUUUCCCAAAAUAAUGGUCUCGAAGUUGAUAAUAAACAGUCUAUGAAUGAAGACUUAUUCUUAAGCCCUAGAGAUAGUUUAGAUUUUAAUAUGUCAGGUUAUUUCGACAGAUCCAUGCAAGAAGCUCAUGUUGAACCAAAGGAAACACAUCCUUUAACAAUGGCCCAUUAUUCCAAGAUGGCAUCUACUCCUACAAAAUCAUCACCGCACUUUAUUAAAGCAUUUCCUCCGAAUAAAGAUAGAUCUAUCGACAAAUAUUUUGAAGCAAGCUUUCCUGAAAUUAAUGAUACUAAAGUUAUUGAAAACUUUUCCCAACAAAUGACUUUAUCUACACCACCAGUGAACAAAAAGGCUUUAUCUACCCCACCGCUGAACAAAAUGGCGUUAUCUACCCCACCGCUGAACGAAAAUCUCUCUUUGAAGAAGCCAUUGACUCCUUUGCAAGAGAUUAUCUUCGGUGAGGCCACUCCUAAACCUGAUUAUGACGCCAUGAUUUCUCCUGAGUUAAAGGAUGAACUAAAGAAAUACGGCAUCAAACCAAAUUUAGAUUCUAUAAAAGCUCGACCUCUUCUGCGAUAUAUCUACGAACAGAUACAUCCUAUUAGAGCUGAACUGCCGAAGUAUGCCAAGGAACCUCACGCAUCCACUUCAAAGACAAAAUCUUCGACUCGAGUAAUUGCCAUUGAUGAUGAUUCAUCUGAUGAAAGGAAAAAGAUAGAAAAUGAUUUUGCGUACGAAGAAAAAUUGUUUAAUCAGAGUAAAGUGAGUGAUGUUUUGUCUACAAAAGAAGUUGAUGCAUGUGAUAGUGAAAAUGAUCUGAAAAAAACUAUAGCCGAUUUUAUAAAAAGUAAUAAUGAAUUGUUCUCUAAUGUGGUGCUGUUCAGACCUUUAUUAUUUAAGAAAUUCUAUAAAACUGUUAAAGAACAUGGUAUCAAAUGCUCUAUCCAUGAGCUGCUGGAUGUUUUGGACGAUCUGUGCGUGAAUUACCAUGUAGAAAAAAAAGACAACAAUAGGCAGAAAAGAAAACCGAAAAAGCAGCCAGUGAAAAGAAAACAACAGAAAAAAUCUUAACAUUUCUAAGAUAAAAUAUAAUGUUUUAUCUUUUCUCACAAUCAGCAAAGCAAUAUUGUUAUUUGUAUUUUGAAAUAAUUUUCUCUGCAUAUAAAUUCUUUAAACCUUUUUGAAUCCUUAUCUGCAGGGUCAUUAAGUUUUUAAAAAUUCUUGCUGACAAAUUUUUAGUACAAAAUGUAUUUUAAAAUAAUUUAUUUGGCUAUUAGUUGAUUAGUAAACAUAAUAUUCAAAGUGAUUAAACUUUUAAUAUUUGAUGUGUAAAUAUUAUUGCAGAUAUAUUUUAUAUAUUUUUAUCUCAAUACAUUUUAUUUUUAU